AUGGAUUGGCUAUCUGCCAAUCACAUUCUCAUUGAUUGCAAUGGGAAAAAGGUGUCGUUCCCUAGCUUGGAAGAUGAAGAUCAGUUGAUGUCCUCACAACAGGUGGAUAAAGCAAUCAAGGAGGGAUCUCAGUGUUUCUUAAUUAUUAAUCAAUUAUAUGUUGAGAAGGAAGGCAAAAAUAUCGAGACACCUAUUGUAAGGGACUUCUCAGAUGUGUUCCCUGAGGAUGUGCCUGGCUUACCCCCUCCUAGGGAGAUAGAGUUCUCCAUUGAUCUAGUUCUAGGAGCAAGGCCAGUGUCAAUAACACCUUAUCGAAUGGCUCCUGCUGAGCUAGUUGAGUUGAAGAAGCAGAUAGAAGAAUUGCUAGAGAAACAAUUUAUCAGACCAAACGUGUCACCUUGGGGAGCGCCAAUGUUGCUGGUUAAAAAGAAAGACAACAGUUCUAGGCUCUGUGUGGAUUACAGAUAG